CGGGCACGUGUGUGGCUGCAGAGCGAUCUGCGCGUGCGUCAUGACCUGCCCAGGUGCGCGCAUGGUCAGUGAGCUCCCGGCAGAGAGACUGCGAGCAGAACCCGGGACAGCAUGGAGGGGGAGGACGUGUUUGAUGAAGAGGGGGACGAGAUGAAUAUCCUGCAGACAGAAUGGAAGCGAUCAAUGGAGAAGAGGUUGAAGGUGAGGAUGCAGGAGGAGUUUAUAUCUGUGUGCUGUGUCUGGGAUUUCCAGAUUUCUCUGUAUAUUGGAAGCUAUCCCUGUGUGCUAUGCUUUACUGUAUUUGCUAUUAAACACUGUGAGCUUGUUGUUUUAUAGCAGGCUUCCCCAAACUCCGGCCCUCCAGAUGUUGCUAAACUACAACGCCCAUGAUUCUCAGCCUAUCUAUUUCAUUCAUAGAAUUAUGGGAGUUGUAGUUCAGCAACAUCUGGAGGGCUGGAGUUUGGGGAAGCCUGUUUUAUAGAAUAAUGUAUAGUUAAUGUCUGUACUCUAGAGUAUUAAAUAAAUAUGCAGUUGAAGCUGGAGUGAAAUUUGUGGAAGGUGCCAUUCAUUCCACAUGUGUGGGAGGGGGUAUUCACAUUGAACCUACACUAUUAUUUAUUAGGUAUUAUUCCAGCUAUGUAAAAUAAGUGCUGAAAUAGGUUUGAGGGAAAGAAAUUCAGUCAGCCUAGGAAAUUUUCCUGGGAAAGUAAAAUGGCACAUUAGGGUCCCCUGCAGCUUUGUACCCCAUUGCUAGUGAUAUUGGGCCCUUUACUUAUUUCAGAUGUAAUAGCCUAUGAUGUUCCAUAGACAGAGACUUUUGGGGAUUUCAGAGCUGUUAAAGGGCCACUCUUGGCAACAAAACUUUUGAUCACUGUAGAGGUACUUUGCUUUGAGUGUCCUGGUGUUGUCCCUUGGUUUCAUAUCUGUUUUGGAGUAACUUGACAUAAGCCAAGGCUUUCCCUGGGAUCCAUACCCUCUUCUGCAUUAUUAAGGUCAAUUUUGUCAUACCUAUUUGGCAUUGAUAGACCUGCCACCAGUACUCACUGCCAAUCGGCAGUUUCCAUGUUGGACCAUUGACAUUGGUUUACUACCAUGGCUACAGAGGGUAUGAGGACGGUAGCGGAAGGAGCACCUGUUUGCCAACCGGGUGAUGAUACCGGGACACAUCCACAGAACUGAAUAUGGCCAGGGCAGUGUGAGCUAGGGCAUACAAAGUUCCCAACCACAUAGAGAAGUGCCUGGAGUGUUUAUUAUGGUGCUGACAAAAAGUCAGGUGAUUUGUCAUGGACUGACAAAAGAAAGCAAAUUUCCGUAACAUGUCAGGCAACAGCUGAGUGCCACAGGUGUCUGAUGCAGAAUGGAGAGGCUAGUACCUGGACACGAAAGUAAGGCUUAGGGACCAUUGUGGUGUGUGGGCUUCUCCCUUUCAUUGAUGCAAUGGGGGUUGUGUGCAAAGAGUAAUUCUGGUGCAAAGUUCUAAAGGUGUAGUGAUCAGCAGCAACAUUCCACUGGUUUCCAUGGUGACUACUCCACUUCUCGAACUUUGCCUCAGAAUUAAUGUUUGUACAUAACCCCUACAAACACGAAGGUGGACUAAGGGCACAAUCCUGCAUGAUUACAAAUGUGUCACUUAACAUUUUUCAGUAUUUUGCUGCCUGCGUCUGUUAUGUGCUUGAUGGACAAAAAUAUGCACUCAUAUACAUAUUGCUAAAAAUCCAAAACUGUCCAACAACAGCAAGAAUCUGCAUGUUUGCGAAGUUGAACCAUUUAUACUUUUCCAUUGCAGGAGGGGUACCUUGAUGGGAGAGAUGCUGGUAGGGAGAAUGCACUGCAAAGCGGAUUUAACCUUGGAUACAAACUUGGGGUGAACAUGUUAAAGCCUUUUGGUGAACUUCGAGGAACCUUAAGGUAAUUACUGUUUUGUUAUGAUUUUUGCAGAUUGUGAAGUGCUUCUCAAGGUCCUGCUUGCUUUGUUUUUUUAUUUAAGUAGAAAUGUCUAGUGAGAGUACCUUUGAAUAAAUAUAAAUUUAUGAUUAAUCCGUUCUGAGCCUUGAGGAUAAUAUAAAAUAGAUAUCAUACAGAUGCAUUUUAAAGCAGAAAUUAACAAGAAAUCCCUAGAAUUAAUGACAACAAUAAUUAGAUUUUGAUCUAAAGGAAAGGUUUUUUUUGUUUUUAGAAUUAGCAAACGAUUUGACUACUUACACUGUGGCACUCCUACAGAAUAAACCACUACAAAGGACACUCCACUUAUCAAAUACUUAAAAUCACUAUUUAGUAGAUAUACCCCAAAUUAAACCAUGUAUGCAUUUAAUUAUGCAUUUUUUCCUGACCUAUGGUGGCAGUACAAUAGGGAUGUGCUCUUCCCCAGGACAAGCAUCUGAAAUUAAAAUUAACUUAAAAAGUUCCUCCCCCAACAGGUAUAAGACAAUAACCUGCCAUGGACCCUUAGUACGUCCCAAUAAAACAUCAGAGACUUAAUACUGCAAAAAUAUCAAAUUUAAUAAUAAAGGGGGGUGGGAGGGGAAUGAUUUACUGCAACCAUAUUCAGGAAAAAGGAAUUUAUGGUGAGCAAAAUUGUAGUUUUUCCUGACAUAUGGUGGCAGUACAAUAGGGAUAUAUGGAGAUCCCAGAACUAUGGGCGGGAAUCAUUGCUUGCAACACCUUCUGCCCGAAAGCAACGUCAGAGUAUACGUCUAGUCUGUGAUGUUUGACGAAGGUGUAAAAUGAAGACCAUGUAGCAGCUCUGCAGGUAUCUUCAGGUGAAGCUUUUGCCCCCAACAGGUAUAAGACACCAACCUGCCAUGGACCCUCAGUUCUUUUUCUUGUUCCAUCGGGAACGGAUGGCAUCUGGAACGUUUCAGUGAGGCACAUGGGUUGCUGCCAUGGGAAUCCAGGUGGAGAGCUAAGUGGCCUAUCUUCAACCUGCAGAGUUACGGAGCAUGUAUGAGAGUCUUGUUUUAUGCUGAGUGCGGUCACCGGCAAAGCAACUAGGAGGUCUCUAGUGGCAGCAAAUCACUGCACGAGCGAGAUGCAUGCUCAUAGCGGUAUAUCGAUUCUUCUAUAACGGAAAUUGGUUUCCCACAGGGAGAACUAAAAAAAAUUUGUUAUGGAAGUUAAAGUUGCAUUCUCUGAAAAAGUAUCAGAAAAGUAGAGUAAAAAAACCCUACCAGUUCAACAGCAGAUUCUGGAGCUUAUGUACAGGGAGUGGAAAAACUCUGGGGAAAAAAAGGCGUUUUUAUUUCCAGGUGUGACAGAUCCAUCUGUAUAGACUAAGAUUGCUGGUUCGUCUGUUUUGCCUCCUUUCAUGGAAUUACCUGUCCGUAUGCCCCUGUUCAUUUAUUUGACUUUUCUACCAAAUGAACUUACCGAACGGACGGCCACCCAGAAGAGAAGUGUGCUGCUGGUUAACCUCUUGAUCCCAAUUAGAACGUUGUGGUUAACCGCAGACACCUCUCAAUUAUAACCGUAUACAGGGUGGUCGUCGUUCGUAUGUCGACCACGAGGCGUCGGCCAUUUUAAAACAGGCGAAAGACCAGCGGUGUUUGGCACGGAUUCUAUGGAACUGAAAACGGACACUUUUUCUGCCGAACACCGCUAAAACCACCGACCUCCCUUCUUCAUCGACCGAGGCAUGCGAACAUCGGCCGUUCGGGAGUUUGAACCGCACAAAUGGACUUAACCCAGAUAGCCUUCCCAUGGAGUCAAUCGCAUACCGAAAGACUGUACAAGACUUUGACUCCAUGGCGAUUGAACUGUGCGUAUGAGAUCUGAGCGCUAUUCGCCAAUAAUAUGCACUCAGAUCCAGGCUAUCUGGGGAUACGUUACACGAAUGGGAAAUGUUCGGUAGUUGUCAAGUUAUAUAUUUUUAUGUGGUUUUUUUGGGUCGCAUCUAAAAUGGCGAUUUGCCUCUGUCCUGGGAGAUAAUUGAAUUACUUAUCAAUUAUCUCCAGGGCAGAGGGGAGGAAACCAUGAUGCAUGCUGGAUAUAUUAUGUGCCUGUGUGUCCACCAAGUGGGAGACCUGCAUAAAUACGGGCGGGUAGCCCACAGUAAACCAGGCUCAUGUUUUACCCUCAAUGCGGAGCUUGGUCUCGUUAUUGGAGGGGAAUUUACUACACGAAUAGCGACUGCUGGAUUGGAAUUAUUAGCCGCUUAGGAGAUCUAUGGUUUCGGCUGUUAGCGGCGAUUCGUGAGUUUACUGAUUGGGAAGCGAAGUACCUGUACGGAUCCCGUUCGGGAGAUUGGAGUGUUCCCCUGCUUGCAGUUCGUAUAAUUGGCGUUUAUACGAAUGAAGCUUGCGUUAUGGUAAGAGGGAAGGAAUAACUAAACGGCGGUUUUACUGUUGAUGCUGAGGGUGCCGUUACACCAGGCAUUUUUAUAAGACAAGUGGGAAGAUUUACCAGUCGAUGUACAUUUUGCUCAGUUGUAUUAAAAAAAGACUACUAAACCUAUUGGAAAAGUCUCUGGACUUAAAGACCUUAUGGAUAAAAAGGCGGAAACAUCAAGCAGCGGGGUUUCAUGCUAAAGCAGCAUUGGCAGGAGCUUUAGUGGCUGAAGCUCAGUACUAUUGGAUUCAAGGUUUGGAAGAUUGCCUGGCAGAACACCAAGACAAGGAUCUUUCACACCUAUUCCGCAGUUAAAGAUUAUCCAAUGAAUACCUGCUAGAUGUUAUCACAGAAGUGAUUAAACAAUCUGCUCGUGUCAUGGGCUUGAUCUCUGGGCCCCCGUAGGGCACUGUGGCUUAAAGCCUGGACGACUGACACAGCCUCAAAGUCUGCUCUGUGUGAACUUCCUAUGGAGAGGAAGAAAUUAUUUGGCUCUCCUUUGGAAGAAUUAAUUCGACAAAUGUCAGAAACCAAGAAGGCCCUUCCUCAGGAAAGGAAGUAAUUUGUGGAAGCCCAGAUACAAGAACCGCGAGGGGUAUUUUAUUUUUUAUUUUUUUGUCAACAAAGGAAAGAUCCAAGGUUUAACCAAAUAAAGACAUCAAAACUGAGGGAGCAAAAAGACUCUGACGCCAUAAGAGUGGGCGGACGGAUACAGCAGUUUCUUCACAGAUGGAGAGAGCAUUGCAAAUCCUGAGAUUUUGAAUCUGGUUGCAAGAGAAUACAAGAUAAAAUUCUUACAUGUACCAAGACCAGAUUUCCUUAUUUCCUCCUACCGUUUAAAGCUAAAAAAAACAGCUCUCUUCUCUGCUACGGUUACUCUUUUACAGAAAGAUGUUAUCAAAGAGUUCCAAGGGCCCAGCAAUAUCAGGGUAUCUACUCUCGGUUGUUCCUGGUCUCAAAACCAGAUGUCUUUUCGCCCCAUUCUGGAUCUGAGAGAAUUAAACAACAAGCAUUUCAGAAUGGAAACAAUCGCUUCAGUCCCACAUACCCUUUAAAAAUUCGAUUUUAUGGCAACAUUGUAUUUGAAAGAUGCGUACCUGUGGUUUGCCAAAAGAAAGGGUCACAAGGUUCAUCACUAUCAAUUCAAAGCCCUUCCAUUCGGUCCCUCCUCAGCGCCAAGGAUAUUUACAAAGGUUCUAACACCUAUCACAGCGCUCUUAAGGGAACAAGUAAUCACAGUUAUUCCCUACUUGGACGACUGGUUCAUAAAGGCAAAGUCAAGAGACGCUCUAACAGAUGUGGCUUACAAUCAUAAAAGAACAUGGUUGGGUGGUAAACCAAGAAAAAUCUCAUCUACAUCCUGCAAAGUGAAUUCAGUUUCUAGGUUUCUUAAUCAAGUCAGACUCUCUUGCUAUCCACCUGACUGCGGUGAAAAGAAGAAAGACAUGGAAGCUGAUAAAAGAGCUUCAGAGAGUACCGAAAUGCUCUAUAAGAAAAGCUAUGCAGGUGUUGGGACACCUCACUUCCACUAUCCCAGCGGUAAAAUAGUCCAGGCCAGAAUCAAGGCCUUUGCAGUGGGAAAUUCUUACAAAGUGGUCUAAGAAAAAGGAAGACUUGGAUACAUUGAUAAAGAUUUCAGAUCCUGUAAAAAGACAACUGAAUUGGUGGAAAAAGACCAGUUUCCUAUUAGGUCUUUCAUUUCUACCAAAAGAAUGGGUCAUAAUCACCACAAACUCUUCAAACACAGGUUGGGGAGAGCAUCUGCAGUAUCAUUUGAGGCAAGGGACAUGGUCCACAGAAGAAAGAAGGGAAUCAUCAAAUUACGAGGAGUUAACCAUUUUGUAUGCUCUUCAUCAGUUCAGACCUCUAAUUAUGGGGAAAGCGAUGAAAAUUCAGUCAGACAACCAGACUAUGGUUGCCUACUUGAACAAUAAAGGACAUACAAAUAUAAGAAAAUUGCACAUCCUUUGCACUCAAAUUAUGUCCUGGGCUCAAAGCCAUCUAGAAGACAUAUCCGCUAUUCAUAUAAGAGGGAUAGACAAAAUAAUUGCAGAUGACUUAAGCAGAUCGAGAUGGUCUCUGAACACGGUCAUUUUUUUUAAUUUAUUUUUUUUAAAUCAACUGGUGAAAGUAGUUGGUCUACCUGUCAAAGAUCUCAUGGCGAGAAGGUCAAAAACAAAGGUACAAGCAUUUGCCUCCCUCUUCAAGGCAGACAUGCUUCAGGAUCUGGAUGGUCUGUCAAUCAAAUGGGACUUCAGCUUCGCAUACAUAUUUCCACUUGUGUGCCUAAUUCCACAAAUAUUGCAAAAAGUGAAAAAAGAACAGGCGAUUGUACUGGCCAUAAUUCUAUACUGGCCAAAUCGGAGCUGGUUCUCUGUUUUGAAGACGAUUUUUAAAGUACUGGGAACUUCCAGUUUCAACAGAGCUCCUGGAGAACAAAGCGAUUCCAAUAGAAACAUUGAAGAUUUUCAAAUUGACGGCUUGGCUGCUGCACGGCUAAUCCUACAUAACGGGCUUUAAGAAAGAGAGAUUAAAAAUACUGCUGAAUUCUACAAAGAAAUCUACCUCUGCUACCUAAUUGAAGAUUUAGACGAAUUGGUGCAGCUCUCAUCAUUGCCUAAAAACUUCUCCUUCUACAAAUACAAUUUUGCAUUUUUUACAAGACUGCCUUCAAGAGGGUCUUAGUUUGUCUAUCCUUAAAGUUCAAGUAUUCGCUCUGAGCUAUCUUUUGGUCAAGAACUUGGCUUCAGAUAUUCUUGUUAGAAGUUGUGCUGUUUUUUUUUUUGUUUUGUUUUUUUUUUUUAGGCUGUCGGGCUCAUCAGGCCUCCAAGAAAAUGUUUUCCCCUCUUGGGACUUAUCUUUGUUGUUGAAGGCUCUUUGUUCUCAGCCUUUCGAACCUUUGGAGGAAACUUCCUUAAAGCUCUUGUCUAUAAAACCGCAUUUUUGGUGGCUAUAACUUCUGCUAAGAGAAUAGGAGAAAUUCAGUCUUUGUCAUCUUCUACUGAAUUUACAAAGAUUGUUCCAAACAAGGUUGUUCUAUAUCCAAAACCUUCAUUUCUACCAAAAGUCAUCUCUUCCAUGGCUAUCAAUCAACCUAUUUCCCUGCCUGCCUUUUAGUAAUACACCUGUCUCCGAUCUGGAAGAAAAUUGGCACGAGUUGGAUGUUGAAAAAUCCCUUAAAAUCUACUUAGACCGCUCCCCUGCAUUCAGGAAGACUGACCGUUUGUGAAUUUCUUUGGUAAAUUUAAAGGUCAUACCGCCUCUAAGUCUACCCUAGCUUGAUGACUCGUGGACACUAUAAAAUUGGCUUAUGCUUCAGCAAAUCUGCUUUACCUACCUCCUUGAAAGCUCAUCUACAAGAGCCAUGGCUACUUCUUGGGCCGAUAAAGCACAACCUUCACCGGAAGUUACCUGCAGAGCUGCUACAUAGUCAUCAUUUAACACUUUCGUCAAACUAGACAUAUACUCUGCCUCUGAUGCUGCUUUCGGGCAGAAGGUGGUGCAAGCAGUGGUUUCAUGAUUCCCUCCCAUAGUUCUGGGAUUUCAAUAUAUUCCUGUUGUACUGCCACCAUAUGUCAGGAAAAACUGUGGUUUUGCUCACCGUAAAUUCCUUUUUCCUGAAUAUGGUGGAGGCACAUCAUUCUCUCCCCCCCCCCCUUCUUUAUUAUUAAAUUUUAUAUUUUUGCAGUAUUAAGUCUCUGAUGUUUUAUUGGGACAUACUGAGGGUCCAUGGCAGGUUGGUGUCUUAUACCUGUUGGGGGAGGAACUUUCUAUGUUAAUUUUAAUUUCAGAUGCUUGUCCUGGGGAAGAGUACAUCCCUAUUGUACUGCCACCAUAUUAAGGAAAAAGGAAUUUACGGUGAGUAGAAUUGCAGUUUUUUCAUUGAGAUAUAUCUAAAAAAGCUCAGAAGAGCUGCAGUUCUCUUGUCUGCAGCCUUUGCAAGUCCUCUCCUCCUUCCCCAUCUUAGACUUUCUGUGGCUGUCCAAUCAGAUUUCCCAAUGCAACUCAGUGAGAAGUCUUUGCAAAAUGGGUGCCAGGAGCAAUUGCUGCCUCUUUAAUUUAACUCCACUGAGCUUAAACAUCCAGGAAGUAAUCUGGUCGGCAGCUAGAAAGGUGUUGACAAGGUAAAGUAUUAUUAUUAUUUAUUUUUUUAAAUAUAUAAACUUUAAAAUGUUCAUCUCAAAUACGAUUUACACAACACCCAUGGAGAUUAAAGGUUUUUAAACUUUUCUCCACCACCAUGCCGGUCUCUGGGGAAUGUUCAGCGCAUCCAUGCAAAGUAUGGAACAUAGUUUCUGUUGUGGACUACAUCUCCCUUGAUGCUUUGUCAUCAUCAUGACAGUAAUAGCAUUUUGGGAAAUGUAGCCCAGAACAUCUGGGGUGCCAAAGGUUGCUUACCACUGAUAGAGGUUUUCAAACACUGUCUGACCCGAGUGUAUGUACAUGCCAUAGCAAAAAGAAGAGAACUAGCUCUUAACCCUGGAGUAUGGUUGGGUAAUAGUUUAAAGGGACGCUAUAGUCACCCUGACCACUUCAGCUCAAUUUAGUGGUCUGGGUGCAAUGUCUCUCAGGUUUUAACCCUUCAGAUGCAAACAUAGCAGUUUCAGAUAAACUGCUAUGUUUACAUUUGGGGUUAACCAGCCUCGAGUGGUUGUCUUCCGGACAGCCACUAGAGGCGCACGUGCGACACUGGAUGCAAAUUUCGCAUCCAUCGCGCAGAGCGUCCAUAGGAAAGCAUUGAGAAAUGCUUUUCUAUGGACUCUUUGAAUGCGCGUGCGGCACUUGCCGCGCAUGCACAUUCUGCUCCACUAGGGAGUAGACGUCGGACGGGGAAGAGAGGUCCCAGCUGCUGAAGGGGUUUUAAAACCGCUUUGUUUUCCUGACACUUUAAUGAUCCUUUAAAACUUAAGUUUUAAUAUUAUAAUAGACAAAAAAAAUAUAUAGAAACAUUAUUUAGUGUUACCACUAGAUGGAGACAAAACUUAACCAUGCUAAGGAAUAGAAUCAAAGAAAAAGAUACCUGGUGAUCUAAUCACAAUAUAUAGAGUGUUGCCAUUCACCCUUGGUGAGACUGUAGACCCUUUACUGACAGUUCCUGAACACUGGCGUUCAAGCAGCACAUGUUUUCUUACAGACUUCCCUGCACUGAAUUCUUCAGCAGCGGUCUGACCUGGGUGAACAGACCUUCUGACGUUCUGCUCCAUAGAGAUAGUUAGAUUCUCUCUUUUACUUACAGGUGCCCUUGAAGGCUCAGACUAGCAUAUCCUUCCAGCAGAAUUACAUUCCCGACGCUUUUUUUUUCUUUAUAUUGCAUAUUGGGAUGGUGAUUAUUAUCAGCAGUGCUAUCUAAUGACAGAUUUAGUUUUAGUGUAGGUGCCCUCAAAGGCACAGAUUUAGCAUAUUUACAUACCAGCAGGCCGAAUUUUUUUUAAUUUUUUUUUAACCAUAACUAUUAUUGUUUACUCUACACACCAACAGUCCUUUCUAGGACUUCAUCCCUCACUGUUUCAGUAGCCGCUGUACAUGACUGCACUCCUAAAUUGCCAAGGGUUUCCCCUGGCACAAUAUAGCUAACAUGAUAUCAUACCAUGUUGCAUUUUGGUGAUGAACUGUUACAGAUCGCUUUGAUUCUCUAUUGAAUACUGCCAUCUAUUGUCAUUGUUAUUCAGCUCAGUCUGCUACUAUCUGUUUAGACACAUCCCAGAGUAAACUUCUAUUUUUGUGUGUGUAUAUACAUUUUUUUUUCUUGUUUCCCCCCCCCACCCCUCCCUUUUUUGGCAACACUAUAUAUAUAUUGGGAUUAGAUCACCAAGUAUCUUUUUCUCUGAUUCUAUUUCUUAGCAUGGUUAAAGGACCACUAUAGUGCCAGGAAAACAUACUCGUUUUCGUGGCACUAUAGUGCCCUGAGGGUGCCCCAACCCUCAGGGACCCCCUCCCGCCGGGCUCUGGGGAGAGGAAGGGGUUAAACACUCACCUUUCUCCAGCGCCGGGCGAGGAGCUCUCCUCCUCCUCUUCGGCUGAAUGCGCAUGCGCGGCAGGAGCUGCGCGCGCAUUCAGCCAGUCUCAUAGGAAAGCAUUCAUAAUGCUUUCCUAUGGACGCUUGCGUCUUCUCACUGUGAUUUUCACAGUGAGAAGCACGCAAACGCCUCUAGCGGCUGUCAAUGAGACAGCCACUAGAGGCUUUAGAGGCUGGAUUAACCCAUUUAUAAACAUAGCAGUUUCUCUGAAACUGCUAUGUUUAUUAAAAAAUGGGUUAACCCUAGCUGGACCUGACACCCAGACCACUUCAUUAAGCUAAAGUGGUCUGGGUGUCUAUAGUGGUCCAUUAAGAUUGUCUCCAUCUAGUGGCAACACUAAAUAUUGUGUGUGUGUGUGUGUGUGUGUGUGUGUAUAUGUAUGUGUAUGUAUAUGUAUGUAUGUAUAUGUGUGUAUGUAUGUGUGUGUGUAUAUAUAUAUAUAUAUAUAUAUAUAUAUAUAUAUAAUUUUUUUUAUUUAUUUUUUUUUGUCUAUUAUAAUAUUAAAAGUUCAAUUUUAAAUUACCCGACCGUACUCCAGGGUUUAGAGCUAGUUCUCUUCUUUUUGCUACUUCAAUAUCCGGGUCCAUGCCCUGCUCUUUCAGCCCUACUGAACAUUAUAUACCAUUCUCCCGCCUCCCCUCUCCUUUCUUUUAUGUACAUGCCAUAUACUAAAGGUAGGAAUGACUUUUCCUGAAUGUAUUUUUGUUAAAUUUAUUUGUUAACUGAAGUAUAUGUAUAAAGAAUCCUAUUGCGUUUCAGAACUUUAUGAAAAGAUCAUUAUGCUAAAAAAUAGUUUUGAGGGGGCAGCUGUCCAGCCUAUUGGCAAAAAUUGCCCCCAUGAGAAAAAUCCCUACUUUCUUGAACAAAAAAAGAUGAAAUUGGGACGAAAAAAAAAUGAAUUUAAAAGCAAAACCUGCAAAGUUAAUGAGCUGCUUUAAUACGCAUAAAACAAUAUUUCAGAUGUCAUAUAUGCAUAGUAGAGUACCUAAUGGAUAUAACUAUUUAUUAUCCUUUAGUGCCCUCAUGACAUGGAGUCAACUUCAUAAUACUGAACCUGCAGUGAGUACAAAGCUGAAUGAACUCCUGAUUGCAGUGUGCCAGUGUGAGGACUCCCUGCUGAAAUGUCUGUCUUCUUUGUACCAAACUCCCCAUCCUUCUGAUUUAUCAAGCACUUUGGAGGACAUGAACCUUGCCAGCAGUACUCAUGAUAUCGAACUGGAUGAGCAAAGUCCGUGUGCAUCAGGGAGGAACUGUUGCAGAGUUCAGGACUCUCUUGCCUCUUCCUUGGCCAGAUGUAGGAAUACCCAGCAGCUUAAUGAAGCAGCAAAGCAUGAGCUCUGUAGAAUUGCAAAGGAAUGCCUUUCUGUGGCUGAACAGUUGAAUCUACCAGAAGGCAUACAUUGUUAUCUUCAAACACUGAAAUAUUAAACCUGUUCGGUAACAGUUCUAUUACUUUUAGUGGAUCAUAUUUGGAAAUUUACCAUCACUCAUUAUGUUGCAAUAAUUUUGAUGAAAUUAUAUUUUUUCUAAUAUUUUCAAAUACCAUUUUAUACAGAUAUCCAUCCCCUUCUUGGAAACAACGAAGAACAAAUUUUAUAUAAGAGUAUUAAAAUACACAUUCUUUAGCUAAACGUGUGUGUUCAUGGCUUGUGUAGAAUGGAAGUUUUGGAAUUUAGAAAUAAAUAACAAUGACAACAAAGUGUGAAUUGGAAUGUGUACAUAGGAAAUCGCAAUUGCUGACAUCUUGUGCCAUUAAAAUUUUUUUUAAAAAUACACGUAGUUUGUUAUACUUAAAUCUGUUUAACCCCUUAAGGACCAAGCUUCUGGAAUAAAAGGGAAUCAUGACAUGUCACACAUGUCAUGUGUCCUUAAGGGGUUAAAAAUGCACCAUUGUCAAACAGUGCAGUAUCAUAGAUGCGGUGAUAAUCUGACAAUGCUGGGUUAACCCACCCCCAAUACUUUUGGCCAAUAAUGGCAAACCAUGAUGAAAUUGAUAUUGAAAGAGUAAUUUCUGCACGAUCAAACGGGUGGGACGGGGACAGUCUCUGGGUUCCGUGCCUCAAUUUUCAUCAAAUAUCCAAAGGGACUGACAAAAAAAAGGGAUCCAGAUUCUGGGAAGCAUAACCACUACACGGAACUCAGAGCUUAUGUUGCUUAAACUGUCCCAUUAAGGACUGAACCAACUGUACAAGUUGUGAUCAAAACAAAGCUUAAACAAAACCUUGAAUUUGCGCUAUAUGUCUGAUCAAGUGAAAUUCACCUCUUUUAUAUGAUUUGCACCCACACUUAUCAUAUAUAUUUUUUUCUGGAGAAACAUGGCUUUUUAUGUCACAUC